AUGCCAAUUUUUGGCGAAGCACCAUCACCUUACGAUGAGACCGUUGAGAAGGUCACUGCUGAAACUUGCACCACCGAGAAUUGGACAUUGAUUCUUGACAUAUGUGAUCGAGUUAUUGCUGAUCAAAAUAAAGGAGCCAAAUUGUGUUUACUGUCCGUGAAGAAAAGAUUAAAUCAUCGUGAUCCACAUGUUGUUUUGCUAGCGUUGUCUUUGUUGGAUUCUUUGUGGAGUAACUGUGGAGUCGCAUUCAGGCGUGAAGUUUCGUCGCGCGAAUUCUCGCAAGAAUUAAAUUUCAAAGCUACACAUAGUAAUCGUUCAAUUAGUGAAAAAACACGUUCGAUCAUAAAGAAAUGGUCAGAAAAUGAAUGUAAACAAGAUGCGUCAUUAGGUUUGAUUAAAACUCUUUACAAAAAUCUUCUCGCAGAAGGAUAUUCAUUCGAAACGGACACUUCAUCCAAAUCCUGUUCCGUAAACACUGAUUCGAAUGCUGUGCGAAGCGCAGAGGAAGAAGAAGCGUUAGUUCUAGCUAUAGCAAAAUCAUUGCAAGAGACAUCGAUACGAAAUGAUCGUGUAUCCUCUGUUUAUUCACCAGUAGCAGGCGCAGCUGCACAUUCGUCUACAUCAAAAUUAGAACGCGAUGUACGAGCACUGUACGAUUUUGAAGCUGUUGAAGAUAACGAACUUACAUUUUCAACGGGCGAUAUUAUUACUGUUAUAGACGACAGUGAUUUGAAUUGGUGGAGAGGUAGGUCGCAUCGUGGAGAAGGUCUGUUUCCAGCAAGCUUUGUGACAUCCGACUUAUUGUCUGAAGAAAGUGAACCAUUGGCUAAAGAAAAGGCAGUUUCUCUAGCUGUUUCUGUAGCCAGAAUUGACAAAACGGUGUUGGAAGAAUGUCUCCGUAUACUCGAAGACUGCGAUCCAACAGGAGAAAGACCAGAUCCUCCUGAACUUGCUGAUCUGGAACAGCGAAGUUUAGCUCAAGCUUCAUUAAUUGAUGCACGAUUAGCGGAAAUUGACAGGCAACAUAAUGCUUUGGCACAAGUGGACAUUGCAAUAAGAGAUGUGUUAUCAAUGUAUGAUCAAGCUGUGGAGCAAGCUCAAUACCAGGUAUCGAUACAGCAGCCAUCAGCACAACCAAUAUUUAGAUAUCAGGUACCGGAAAUAACACUGUUACCGACAAUACCACCAAGUGCAGAAUGGGGCACUGCUUCAGCGGAAAAUAUGCCUAUGUAG